CCCUCUCCUCGUCUCGCCCCUCUGUCACUCCGAGCAGAAGCACACACACAGAAACCAGGAAGCAUCACUUCCUCCUCUCCUGACUUCUACCUCUAGCGGCUCUCAGGGGCCACACUUUGCUACACGGACUUUUGACAUUUUCUUACUUCACGAUGAUUCAUCAGUUCAUCAAAGCAACCACUUUUUUUCCAAAACUCUUUUUCCAGAGGAAGAUGAUUCCGACCUUUGACUGCUGACCUUUUCUUUGACUUUUGUACGACACUUUUUUGUAGUUCUUAUCUCAUAGUUUUUAAAUGUUCUUGCUUCCUGUGGGGACACCUGUCUGACUUUAUCUUACGUUAACACUGUCUCAGGUUUCCCUGAUUCUUGUUUUAUUUUGUACCGCUCACCCAACUGAUUCCCCACUCGGCUGUCAUAGUCCUUCCCCCCCCCCCCCCCCCCCCCAUCACAACAUGUGGUCUACUUUUAUGGUGACCGACGAGGAGGGCCGUACUGUCGGGCCGGGAGGGGUGGCCGCACCGGGAGGAGCACCCCAGGGUGCGGCGGGUCUGUCCGGCCUCAAGAUCGGACGCGGCAGGGGGAACAAGCGGCGCAGGACGACGUCGGCGGGAUCCGGCAUGAGCGAGGCCCAGGAAGGGAAGAUCAAGUUGGCGUUCUUCGUGGCCAUCGUGGGCGUGGUCCUGAUGGUGCUCGGGAUGGGCACAGAGUUCUGGGUGGAGCUGUCUCCUCCCAAGCAUUUCUACAACAACCAGACGUGUCUGACAGCGCACUACGGGCUGUGGAAGGGCUGCACAAAGACCUUGUGGGUGUCGGACAUCGACCCGGAGAGAGAGAGCUGUGGCCCUGCAGAACUACCCGGAGAGUCAAACUGCACCUACUUCAAGUUCUUCACCACGGGGAAAAACGCCGUGAUGUUCCAGAAGACGACGAGAAAGAACCUGAAUGUGGCUGCGGCCAUGUUGGCCCUGUUCAGCCUGUUCCUGAUGGUGAUGGGGGUCAUCUGCAUCACCAUGGCUCUCAGCAAAGAGAUCGUCUUCUUCCUCAAGCCGGCGUCCGUCUGCUUCAUUCUCUCAGGUGCUCUGGUGCUCGUCACUCUGAUCGUGUUCCACCAGUCCGUCCUGGCCUUCCUGGCCAGCGACCACACGGUUCCCCUCCACCACGAGCUGUCCUGGUCGGUGUCGUGCAUCGGCUGCGCGGGCGCCAUCCUCAUCGUGGGCGGCGUCCUCUUCCUGCUGCUGGCGCUGCCCUACAGCCCCUGGCGGAGGUGCCUCCGUCAGGACGGCAGCAGCUAGUGGCUCGGAGGCGGCGUUGCACGAGGACGGAGCGCCAGGGCUUUCCCAAACACGUCCGAGUAAAAGAGAUUUCAGAGGAUUCAUUUAUCUCUCAACAUUACCAUAAUGUCCAGUACCAACAUACCUUUAUCUUUCCUAAUCUCUCUGAACCCCGUGAGCAGCUGAACAUGCUAACAGUUACACGAGAACGCCGUGUUAUUAGAUCUUAAUGCUCAGACGUGGUUGGGAAACGGCCCUUUAUUGUCUUACUAUCUUACAAGGGUUGGAGGACAUUAACCGUCAGUUCAUUCAUUCAAUUACUGUCAUUUGUCUUUUUUAAUCUAUUUUAUUGAAGUAUUUCACUCCUUUGACAUGAACUGAACGAAUUCACAAAAUCCUGUUUUAGAGCCGGAUUAAGGAUUUAAUGUGAACGCCAGCUCUGGGCUGAACUCCACGCUCACAUGUUCAUCAAGAUGAAUAUCAACAUGUUUCCUUGCUUCCUCUCCCCUCGUUUAGUUAGAAAUGAAUGAACAGAACGGUUUACUGUCCUCCAAUCAGAGAACCUCAUUUAAGAAACUUAUUUUUGUUCUCCAGCGAUGUUUGUGCGUCUGUGUGUGAUGGAUGUUUUGUGUUGUUCCCCAACUACCACCAAGAGACGUUCAUUACCAAUACAUUAAAUGCAUUUAGUCAUGUGACAUCCUUUUUUAAUAUAAAAAUAUAAAUAUAUCAAUAUAUAUUUAUAGAUUUAUAUAUUGAUAUAUUGAUAUAUAUAUAUAUAUAUUUAUAUAUUGAUAUAUAUAUAAAUAUAUAUAUAUAUAUAUAUUUAUAACUCAUCACUAUUCAUUCAUUUCAAGCUUGAUAUUUUUUUACUUGUCUUUCUGUCCUCAUCAAGUCUCACAUUGUCUUAGACAUCACACACAUGCUUCAUUUUUAAUUCAGCGUCUCACUUUAUGUAAACGUUGAUAAGCGAACGCGUGCCGGGUUUUAAAUAAGCUUUUCUUUCUUCUUUUCUUUCUUUGAUCGGCAUCGAUUGAGUAUGAAUGACCUUCAUUUUAUUAUUAAACAUGUCAUGAAUAUUUAA